AUGACGAAACGCACGAAGAAGGUCGGCGUCACGGGAAAAUACGGCACGAGGUACGGCGCCUCGCUCCGCAAACAGGUCAAGAAGAUGGAAAUCACCCAGCACGCCCGCUACACGUGCACCUUUUGCGGCAAGACGACGGUCAAGCGACACAGCGUCGGCAUCUGGAGCUGUCGGAGCUGCAAGAAGACCGUCGCGGGCGGCGCGUGGACGGUGUCGACGCCCGCGGCGGCGGCUACGAGGAGUACGAUCAGGCGGCUGAGGGAGAUCGCGGAGGUCUGA